ACAUCCGGGACUUUAUCAAACCAGAAUCUCCGCCAUCAUCCCUUGCACCCCUGACGGACUGCCCACCUUCAUCCACGAUCAUCCGCCUCUACGCACCGGACAGCCGCCUGAUUUCCCCCGCAGUUAUUUCCCCGGAAGUCGCAUGUCAAUCCAGAACCUUAAUACUUUCGACCCCUUUGCUGAUGCAGCUGGUGGGACUGACGAAGGAGUACAGGAUGGCCUUGUUCAUAUAAGAAUCCAGCAGCGUAAUGGCCGCAAGACUCUCACAACAGUUCAGGGCCUGUCGUCCGAUUAUGACCUGAAGAAGAUAGUUCGCGCGUGCAAGAAGGAAUUCGCUUGCAACGGGACAGUAGUCGAGCACCCAGAGUACGGGGAGGUACUCCAACUUCAAGGCGACCAAAGAGAAAAUAUCUGCCAGUUUUUAACAAAGGUGGGGCUCGUCAAAGCAGAGCAGAUCAAGGUUCACGGUUUCUAAUGCUCCUUGUGUCCCGCCCCGCCCCGCCCCGCCCCAUGCUGCCCCACACCACCACCAGCGCCACCAUCGCCUUCAGCAUCGCCACCCACUCCCAUGCUACCAGGGUUGACGGAGGAGGAGGAGGAGGAGGAGGAGAUGAUGAUGACGAUGAUGAUGAAAUUUUUAUGAUUUAAAUUAAUAGCAAUAACAUCACUACUACUACUAUUACUGCUACUACUGUCUGUCUGUCUGUCUGUCAAUAACUACUACUACUAUUACCACUACUACUGUCUGUUCUGUUAGUGUUUCUACCACAGCUGCCACCUCUACCACACCCUGCUCAUACUUAAAAAGAACCAUUUGACAAGUUUUAUUCAAAUAUUCCCCUAAAAUUCCUUUAAAUAUUCCUAAAAAGAUGGAUUUUACAUUCAAAUUUACUACUACUACUACUACUACUACUACUACUACUACUACUACUACUACUACUACUACUACUACUACUACUACCUUGGCUGUGAUGGGCUGCCAGCUACCCCCACCCCCCAACCACCACCACCACCACCACCACUACUACACACACAUACACACACACACACACCCUCCUUGUCCUCCUCCUACUCUUCCUCCUCCUCUUCCUAUCCCCCCUGAACCACCAUCCCCUCCCCUCCCCCCACUCCUCCUCCUCCUCCUCCUCCCCCCCCCCCCAUUUGGAGUCAAAGAUGUGUUGAAAAUUAUUACUAAUGUACUUUGAGAGAGAGAGAGAGAGAGAGAGAGAGAGAGAGAGAGCGUUUAGGUAAAGAACUGAUAUAUAUAGUGGCUUGUUAAAUUAUUAUUAUUAUUAUUAUUAUUAUUAUUAUUAUCGCUAUUUUUAUUAUUUUUAUUUUUUUUCUCCACUUCCUCCUCCUCUUCCUCCUCCUCUUCCUCUUCCUCUUCCUCCUCAUCCUCUUCCUCCUCCGUCUGGUCACAAGCUGAAGUAAAUAUUUUUUUUUCAACCAUUUAAUAGUUUUUAACAUAACUAAAAAAGAAAUAUUGUUAUUGUUGUUAUUUUCAUUAUUUUCCCCAUUAAGUAAUAUAAUUUUUUUCCCUCCCUCCCCUUGUUUUUUUUUCCCUUAAUUUCCUUUUUGUUUGUUUGUUUGUUUAAUUUGUUUUUUUCGUUUUUCUUUCGACUUUUCUAAUUUUUUUCUUCUAUUUUCUCUUUCUUCAUUUUUUUCCCUUGGUUUUCCUCUCUACCAAUUUUUUUUUCAUUUUCCUUCAUGUUUUUCUUGUUUUCGUCUUAAUAUUUGCAUUUUUUUUUCAUUAUUUUCUAUGGCAAACUAAACUUAUUAUAAUUUUUUCCUCUUUCCUGUUUUCCUUUCCUUUUUCCUCGUUUUCCCCAUUUUUUUCUUGUUUUCCCACCAAAAUUAACUAUUUAUUUAUUUUUUUCCUUUUGGUAAACUAAAUUAUUUUAAUUUUUUUUCGUUUUCGUACAAAAUUCAGUAUUUAUUUUAUUCAAUAAUUUCUUUUGAUUUUCUUUAUUUUCUCUUAAUUUACUCUUUUUUUUUGUUCUUUAUCAAAAUCAACUUUUUUUUUUCUUUCGUUCCUUUAAGUAAGCAAUUAUUUAUUUUUUAUCUUCUAGGAGUCUAUUCGUUAUUUUAAUUUAUUUAUUUUAUAAUUCAUAUUUUCGUUCCUUUAAGCAAACAAUUAUCAUCACUAUUUUUCAUUUCCGCCCCUCAAAUUAAGCCCAUUUUCUUUUAAUAUUUUUCUAUUUCAUUUUUUUUUACCCAUUUUCUUUAGUAUCAAUAUUUUUUUCCCAUUUUCUUUUUCCCUUAAUGAAUUUUUUAAUGUUUUGAUGUACAGCCAGCUUUGCCGAGUCUGUGUGUCUGUCUGUCUGUCUGUCUGUCUGCCUGUCUGUCUGUUUGUGUGUGAUGGUAUUGAAGAAAAACAAAUAAAAGAACUUGCCAUGUA